UGAGAUAAAGCCAAAGCUAAUAUCAUAUUGCUUAUUCGUGAUCGGUUUGCAUUGUAUUACACUGGAAAAUGUAAGUGGGAUAAAGUAGCUUUUUAGUCAGGCCGUGUCAGUUUUAUUGACACAUUUCUUUAAUUGAGUCCUUCCGUUUCCGUCUCCAGUGAAUGCAACAUUCGAUAUUCUCGCGAGAAGUGAGCAUACAGGGAAACGUGGCUUUGUGGCUGAAAUACAAAUACAGUACAGUACUGCAAGACAAAAAAAUCUGCACACUUUUUCAGUCAUAUCAGUAGUUAAUUAAGUAACUGAAAGCCACACAUAGACAUAUCAGAUAAGCACAAAAUUUGAGAGACAGUGGCAACUGUCAAGAAUCUCUUUUCAUUGCUCGCUUGUCAACAUAGGGUUUGGAGGCUCUCUCUUUGCAGCCGUGAAGGGAAAGGAGCAUUCACUGGUCGUCGUUGAGCAGCUUGUCAGCGACCAUGGCAGAGAGCCUUUCUUCGGGUGAAUUCUCCAGCUCUCUGACGAGCUCCACCAGCCUUCCUCCGCCGAGGACUCGUAUCUUUAAAAUCAUCGUUAUCGGGGACUCGGGGGUUGGCAAGACGUGCCUGACGUACCGCUUUUGCGCCGGAAAGUUCCCCGAGAAGACAGAGGCCACGAUCGGGGUGGACUUCAGGGAGAGGCUGGUUGAUAUUGACGGCGAGAAGCUCAAGAUCCAGCUGUGGGACACAGCAGGCCAGGAGCGCUUCAGGAAGUCAAUGGUGCAACACUACUACCGCAAUGUGCAUGCUGUCGUCUUCGUUUAUGACGUGACCAACGCUGCCAGCUUCCGCAGCCUCCCCGCUUGGAUCGAGGAGUGUAAGCAUCACGCUUUGGGCAUAGAAGUGCCCAGGAUACUCGUUGGAAACAAGUGCGACCUCCAAGACUCCGUCCAAGUAGGAACAGACCUGGCGCAGCAGUUCGCUGACUCCCACUCCAUGCCUUUGUUCGAGACCUCCGCUAAGAACUCAAACAGCCAGGGCAGCAUAAAUUCUGGCAAUAGUGACCACGUUGAGGCUAUUUUCAUGACGGUGGCUCACAAGCUCAAGUCUCAGAAGCCUCUGGUGUUGAGCCAACCUCCUGCAGGAUCAGGUGCAAGCAUCAACUUGAGCAGCAGAAUGGAGGAUGGCACUGAUGGGUCACGGGGUUGGGCUUGUAGCAGCUGCUGAUUGGCGGAGAGACAAGACCAGAACAAUGAAUCAUGCGGAUGCACAGACUGAUUCUCAGCCACAAGAAAAUCAACAGUUGCACAGGCUUGCGCUUACAUUCAUUCAUGAGCGUCAAGUUUUGGCUGGAUGGCAAGUUGAUUACUGUGUUGGAAUGAAAAUGAGAUGAAAUCAGUUCAUCUAUCUUUUGUGGUCUUUGGCCACCAACAAAAAGCCCUGAAGCAUAAAUACAGAAUUUGAAAUGCACCUGCGAUUGCUGGGACAAUGGUUGAAAUGUGAAAUCUAAGCAUGGUAAAGAGUCAGCAGUAUUUACUCUCUUUCUUCUUUGUCAUAAUAAAAUACCUCAGUUCUUGAGAACUGACUUCACACUAGUAGAUGUAUGGCAAAAAAUUGUUCUCAUGGUACAUGCUAUCAAAUGCAAACCUUUCUACAUUACUGCGUAUCCUGCAGCAUGUGAUGUAAUGAUUCACUUUCAAGCAUUCGUCUUUCACUGAGGAUAAAGGAUACAAAGGGAACCUUCGAGGAUGACAUUCACAAAAGCACUUAUACACAAUAUACCGGUACAGCAGACCCCCAAAUAUUCACGGUUUGGCACAAGCAAAUUUGCAUGUUAAUUUUUGGCGUGGGGGACGGGGGCGUCCGACAUACCACUCAUUGUUUUCUGGGGAAUACAUAUUGAAUGCAUUUUUUUGUUUGUUUUUUUAUGACUUUUUUGGGGGGUAGAUUAAAAAGUCCUUCUUCCCCCAUCACAUUUUAAUGACCAUCAAUUAUACAUGUAUUUUCUCCUGUCAAGGGCUGGCUGGGAAUCGCAGUAUACGGUGAUAUUAAACUGUGUUUUCUAGGGUAAUGCAAGUGGGGAGGAAAAUAAUUGCAGUGGUUUUGUCACGUGACAUUGCAAUAAACAAUAACAUCUGGUGCCAUCUCUACAAACAGCAGGUAAAUCAAAUGCAAGUACUUUUUUCGCAGAAUUUAUUCAUGAAAUGGUUUACAAAUUUAAAACUCACAUUGUUACAGCAGAGGCAGUGAAAUACUAAGUUUAGGUAAAUAUAACGUAAGAAACUAUGUACAGUAAUCUUUAGUGAAAGAAAGAUGCUACUGGAGUGCUCAAUGCUUGGUACCUGCUCUGUCAAGAAAACAAAUGAUUGGCACAAUCUUAAGCAGCAUCACGUCUUCCAGUCGGGUGUGAAAGUAUGAGAAAUUUGUUUUAGUUCAGUCUACUGUAUGGAGGCAACUUUAAGGGACCUUCCUGCUCUGUGGUACCAGAGUCUAUCGUCUGAGCUGGAGAAUUGAAGAGCCUGUCAUCACCUCCAGCUACAAGCAGAAAAGCAACAUCAGACUCUCACAGCUGACAGUAAAAGGUUCACAUUGGUCAAAUGUCAGUGACUUGAAGAUUGAGAACUGUUACCUUGCCAGGUACACACCAUCUCAGCUUCCACUGGGUCACACUGUGGAACCAGUGUCUCCUGCAACACAUACACACAAUACAAAUGGGCUAACAUGGAAAAUGUGAAAAUGGCAGGGCUCAAGUAUAACACCUUAAAUGGUUUGUAUGCACUGUUCCUAAGGGUAUAAAGCAAAAUGUGUGGAAGGGUGAAUGAGCUAAAAAUAUAUAUACACAUGUUGAAAUGUAUUAAUUUACAGGUUUCACGAUAUACUAAGUUUAGCCAUGGGUGUCCAAAAUCGGUCCUCAAGGGCCGCUGUCCUGCCUUUUUUCCAGCUCUCCCCAAAGCAACACACCUGAUUCAAAUCAUCAGGAUCGUUCUGCUGCUGCUUCAGAGCUGGCUGAUGAGCUGAUCAUCUGAAUCGGGUGUGUUGCAGACGGGAGAGCUGGAAAACAGGCAGGACAGUGGCCCUCCAGGCCCGAAGCUGGACAUGUCUUUAGGCAAUGGAAAAAGUGCAUGUUGACCAUUUGUAAAGUGACAUGAUUACACAAAGUUUAGGAGAACCAAGCAAUCGUCUCCUAAUUUUAGCAAUUUUUUUUCCGUUAAGAAGUCAAAAUGAUUGAUCAUGGUUCAUCACUGCUCAUCUGUGAUCCUCAUCAGACAUAUCGCCUGUCAGUAAAAAUAAAUGUGUUGACCAAA